AAUUAAAAGAAAACAAAAAACAAACCACAAGUCUGUCAAGCCUGAUGACAUGUAGCUUCAUAUAGGAGCAUCUUUUCUACGUAUAUGAGAACGGGAAUUGAGGAGGGAAGGGAUGAUUCUUGUAAAAACAGUUUGUAAAGCAUAGAAAGUAAAAGUGGUUGAUUUGAAACUUUGCUUGUCAUCGCACAAUUGCAUAAAUGCUAAGCCAAGAGCAAUCUACGAAUUGUGAAGUCCUGAGUUUUGCGAUAGGAUAUAGUACUUUCACUGUGGUGCUGGCAAUAGUGAUUGUGUAAAUUAUUGUGGCCUUUCUGUUUUCCUGUUUAUAAUGCUAAUAAUAAUACUUAAUUGAACAUAUAUAAUGAUUAAUUUGUAACAUGCUUUGAACAUCCACCCUACUCUUAAAUUUCCAGUUAAUGUAUUACUGCAAUAUCUACAUAGCUUAUGUAACAUAAGCAAAAGAAAGCAUUCUUUUUCUGAGCAGGUUCAUGAACAAUGCUCAAAGUAGAUUCAUUUCAAUUUGGUUGAUGUAGAGGAAUUUGUUUUCUGUUAUUGUAGAAUAUAUUAGUAUAUAUUAUAUUAUAUACUUUAUGUCUUGAGUGCUGGCAUCCAAAACGAUAACAAUAUUUAAUACAUAGGGACUAUGAGAAAGAAGGAGCAAAGUUAUUCCAGAAAGCAUAAUUAACAUUUGUGUAGGAAAGACUGUCAAAACAGCUGCCAUAACAAAAAAGAAGGAUGUACUGCAGACUUUAAUAGAGGUUUAUCCAUUCUAUCGACUGACUUGUUUGCAAAGUGGUACAGAAAAAUUUACGUGCCCUAGGGCAUGGAAAAUAUGUAUUAUUAACUCUGUUUUAAAAGACUCUUUAACUUCAUUGUUGCCAGAUGGGAUGAGAAGAGAUAAGCGUCCUGCACUGCAAAUGGCCUCCUGCUCCACAUUUGUUGUUUGCUAGUCUGCAGUCACCUUUGGUUGAUAAAGAAGGCUGAUGACUCUAAGAUGUUUGACAGAAUCAAAGCAUCUGAUGAAGCUUCUGCUUCUUCAGCACAAGGAACCGAAAGGCAUGGUGUUGAAGGCUUUGUACAACAGGACAGCAGUAGCAGUUUACACACAAGACGGCAAGACCAUUCUUGGCCUGGAGUAUCUACUGUGCAAAAUAGACAAGGAUACUGCAACUGUUGCCAUGUACACUACAGUAACCUGGAACAGCAUGUUUUCAGCUCCCAGCACAGACAUUUUACCACUUACUGCAGGAAUCGUAUGGGUGCCAGUAGCUUGAUGGAACGUUUCUUGCAAGAUGUUUUGCAGCAUCAUCCACACAGAUACCAUGACAACAGACCAAGCUAUGACGACAUGCCACUCCCCGUCACUCCAGAGCCUGCUAGGACUGCUUGCCUGUCCCUGGAAGAGAUGGACAGAAAGAGGAACAGAGAGAGACAGGAGAUUUCCAGCAAAGCCCAGGAGUCUACUGGUGAAAUACGAUCUUCUGUUCCAUGCCUGUCUCGUAAGGGUACAAAGAAAACAUCUGCGACACAAGCAUUUGUUGAAAAACUAGAAAGAGGGCAGCAACAUGCUAUAAGAAUAUCCAAGCACUCUGUGGGCAUUUGUAGCAAUGAGAAACGGGACACCCUGAAAGAUGCUCAGAUUGCAAACUGUAGCCGUGAAGGUCAGUUUACAGCUGUGAGUCCUGUAUCUCAGCGAUUUUCUGUCAGUCCUUUAAUCCACGGUUCUUCUGUUAAUCCUAAAACAGGAAAAAAUGUUAGGAAUUUGGCAGCAGCAUCAAAUCUGAUUUCACAGAGUGGAUGUGGUAAAACGGGAAUGGAGGUACACAAUAGUGAUGUGUUACUGAAGCCAUGCUUGAAUCCUGGUCCAGCACUAGUUCACCCAAAACGCCCUUCCGUUUCUCAUCGAAAUACUCUGUGCAGCAGCAGCAAUCCUUUAUGUAUUACCUCAGGUCAAUCACUCUCAAAACGAGAUGGUUUACGAACUCAGGAUGAAACUUUUGUGUCUGAUUUCCAUCUCAGGGAUACUGUGGGUAUUAGUAGCUCCUUAGGUCCUGGGACAUCCCCACAACUAGCAAGAUGCAAAAAACUGAAGACGAACAGAGGUGGUGAAAGUUCAGUGGACGAAACUAUUGAAGGUGUUAUUUUGAAAUACUGUCAUGGCAGAAGUACAUCUAAAGAAGUUUAUUUCAAAGAAGAGAAGAAUCCCUGUUCAACUUUUAUAUCAUUUCUGGACCGUACUCAUUUAGAGGGCUCUGAAAUGAGUUUUGACUGUGAUGCACCUAUUCAGGCAGGAACAGACUUACCCAAGGCAGCUAUAAAAAAUAUAGAAACCCUAAAAGAGGUCCAAAUAAGUUUGCAAGAUAAAGACUAUGGAACACAGCUCUCUUCUGUUUUAAAAAGUGAGUCGAUAGAGAAAGUAGAAGCAGUAAAACAGGAUGUUGUAGUUCAUACAGAAGAGCCUGUCCUUCCAGCUCUGCCUCAUGUGCCUCCUUCUUUUGUGGGAAAGACCUGGUCUCAAAUAAUGUAUGAAGAUGAUAUAAAAAUUGAAGAACUUGUGCGUGAUUUCAGGGAAGGUCGUUUUCGCUGCUACUUUGAUAGUGAAUCCUCAGCCAACUGUACAGGGAAGAGAAUGAAGAAAAAAAGGCAGAAGGAUGAAAAAAGUAACAAUAUUGUUGAGAGUAAUAGAAGAGAUAGUGCAUCAUUUAAAGCAUUGCCAGAAUUUAACAAUGCUCUAAGUGAUGGCUCUGAUUUUCAUAUCCCAUCUGUAGCCUCAGAUAGACUAUGCAAUGCACAGAUGCUUAAAAUGCCUAGGAAAAGGACAUGGCGCCUGGCUUCAAGGUGCCAGGUGGUCAAAGUCAGUCAUGGCACCCAAACAAGUCUAUUGAACUACCCUGUAGCAAAAAGAAAGGUGUCUAGAAGGGAAUCUGAUCCAGCUGAUCAGAAAGCAAGCAUUAUGUGGCCAGAGAAUGAAAAAACUCCCAACAUGAAAACUAGGCUAUGUGCUCUUAAACUUCCUGAGUCCUAUAGCAAGAUUAUGAGUCCUGUACAGCCUAAGACAGUGGUGUAUGUACUUUCGUGCCCAGAGAUAAAACAGUGUAAAAGUAAACCUAUGGAUAUUCCGAAAAUGAGGAAAAAUCAUAACUCCACAGAUAGCAAAGAGUCCGUAAGGUAUAAAUACAAACAGUGUUCUUUCAAGUAUUACGACCCACUAACAAAUCGAAUUCUGAAGAUGCCUCCGAAGAGUCCAGCUGGAGAAAAGGCCAAAAAGCCCUCUCACGUUCGACAGCUUUUCAAGAGUCUUAGCUUUGAUGCAAACAGGAAACUAGUUGAUGCACAGAGAGAAGGCAUGCCAUCAAAGUCACUCAAUUGGUCAGACUUGCACGGUUCAUCUUCAACAUCUUUCCUGCCAGAUCCAGGUAAAGGGAAUGAUGCAGCCUCAAGUCAAAAGGCUGAUGGAUCUUCUGUUUCCACAGAAAGAACAGAUUAUCUGGUAUCUGGUCACUCUGAGAACUCUUUUAAACACCUGAUCAUUUCACCUUUGAACUCCGGCCAGCCUGCAGUAGAAGGAGAUGUUAGAUUAACUCCAUUUAACAGUAGAGUUACCAGAACUCCUCUGACCUCCAUCAGGAGUGAGCGGUUGGAGAGGGAGAGUCCAAAGGCAAUAUGGAAGAGAAAAGAAGGCACUAACAAAGAACCAGUUUUUUCCAGAAAGGCUGCGGGACCGAAGUCUGUCAGAUGUACUGUUGGUAGGAGAGGAAACAGAGUAGUGGCAGGCAAACAAACUUCCAGACCUAAAAAUCAGCAAAAAGAGGGGAUGAGAAGGAAACUUCAUCCUCAUGCCCAAAAAUCUGCUUUGUCCAUCCAUAGGUGCCAGACAAGAAAAACUACAGUGGGAAAGCACCCUAAGAAAGAAAAGCCUGAUGCUAAAAAAUUAAAAGUGAGGAGGAAACCAAAAAGGACUUUUCUGAGCUCAACAGCUGUCACAGGGAUUCCUGAAAAGAGGCAGAAAGUCAUGUCGGAAUCUUUUCCUAAGGAGCCAGAGCAGGCUUCUUCCAAAGCCAGGAACUGGGAAGUAAGUGGAGAUCAGGGUCACCCUAGCACUGUGAACCGACCCUCUAGAAGAACUUCUGCUGUACCAUUACUUCGAAACUGUCUUGUUCCUCCAGGUGAGAGCUAGCUACCAAAAUAAUCGAGGGUUUUUUCUAUAACCAGCACCUGGAAAAAGAUUGAAGAAAAGGAAAUGGAACAGAAGGAGAUCAUAGAUGAAGCAGUUGAAGUGCUAGAGCUACAGAAAGUGCAAAGCCAGUCUGUUGUGAAACAGGUACAGCUGUAAACUCAGCUCUUGUCCCUAGAAUACGGGGACAUAAUGUAUUGCACUGUUCUAUUGUGUAAAGCUGCAGAAGGUGUGUGUUUGAGUUAAAAAGCAUUUAGAACCCUCAUGACUAGACUUUACCUGUUCAUCAGAAAAUGAGCUUGAAUAGUAUCAUAUUGUUUUUAUGGUAUUACCAGGGCACUGUAAUACGGUAAAUUAGAAGCUGUAUUAAUUGUGCCUAUUCUCAUUUUUCCAUGGAAUUCUAAAGUGCAAAAAAUGACUAGAUUGUUACACUAGAAGUUAAAAUGGAGAUACAUUAAUUUGGACUGAAUUUUGUGUAUGUAUUUGUGUAAAUACACACCUUCAACACAUAAUAUAUAUUUGCCUAUGGAGUGGCAUUAAAAUUAAUACAGUAUGAUACAGUUCAGAUCAA